AUGCCUGGCGGCUUGGGUGGCCUUGGAUCAAGCAUAGGCCAAAAGCUCAGACAGCAAGGUGCCCGUCUCGCCAUUCUCUACGCACCUUUCGAAGCCGCACGUCGCGAUGAGCUUCUCGAAUCGGGGUACGGCGCGAGCGGCAAUCUCGACGACAUUUACACCUAUGAAUGUGACAUUACCUCGCCAGACUCUGUGCAGGCGGCCUUCAACUCUCUAGAGAAGGAAUUAAUUGACCCAUCCUCGUCUUCUCCGUCCAAAAGAGCCUUUCCAAGUCUCCUGAUCAACACAGCCGGAUACGUAUCUCUCAGCGACAUGGAGACUGCACCCCCCGAGGAAACACUGAUGCAUCUGACAGUCAAUCUCUACGGCCUGACGCUCUGCUCCCAAGCCUUUCUCCGACUGCGGCAUUGA